UGCUUGUACACAGUCGGUCCGGACGAACCGGACGGUUUAGUUCAUUGCUUCCGCUCAUCUCGAGCAGUUCGUUCAAUUAAUCUCGGCCCCACCCUUUGCCCAGCAUGGCACUGGUCAAGGGCGAAGACAGCCCGCCGCGACCGCCGGCCAUCGUGUCGUACGCGUUCGAGAAGGAGCUGAUCAACAGGCAGAACCGCUACAUCCGGCUGUACGACAGCUUCCUGCCGAGCCUGAAGCGCGUCCCGAUCGCGAUCAAGUUCUGGUCCAAGUACGACUCGACCGCGGCCGGCCGCAGCGGCCUGCCCAACUUCGACCGGUACUGCGCGCUGGUGGAGAAGACGAUUGCGGAGGGACCGCGCGAUCGCUACCCGGAACCAGUCACCGAGAGCCAGUGCUACGGUUGGUACUGCGAGCCCUGCUACCGGUACGAGGGGCGCGACAUCCACCUGCUGUACCAUCCGAAGAAGCGCUCCCCGAUCACGUUGGUCGGGGAGAAGAUCAACGCGGACCGCAUCACGCAGCGGCCCCGCUUCACCGGCGUACCGUUCAAGCUCACCUCGUAAGACACCAGGCACCAGCGAGCAGAAA